AUGCGAGCUUUCAACGAGGAACAUCAAGAUGUGCAAGGCGCAUCGGAAGAUUGUCGUCCCGCAAAUUUCUGCACGAUGCGGCGAGGGCAAGGAAACGACUUGGAAGCUCGUACCGCCACCGAAGACGAUCUUAGUGACGAUGAUUCGUCCGAAGAAGAGCAAUCAAGCCAGGAAGGAGCGUUUGAUGAGGACGACGACUUGGAGGGACAGUACGACCAAAACAGCUUUUGCAGUGACGAUGAUGGCAAGGAUGGCAUGAUCGAUCAUAGCGGGAGGGAGCACGCCAUCCGCACAACUAUAGUGGACCUUAUCAAGGAGAAGUUCACGAAUGCCGGAUUCCAGCAAUUCUUGGCCAUGUUGGCUUGGUGCAUCAAAUGCAUCAUCAGCAAGGCUGGUAGGAGUGGAGGAGAUACCGAUGAGAAGUUGGAAGUUGUCAUGGAAGUUGUGGAUUCCAUACAGGUGGACCAUGGCGGUCAUCACUUGCUGGCCCAACUGGGUCAAAGCACUCAAAGCCUCGCAGGCGGCGGAACCGCGUCUUCCGGUGCUAGCAGUGCGGGUGGUGCCGCAGGUGGCGCCGGUGCUGGAUCCGCACAGACAUCCGCGGCAGUAGUGAGCCAAAUGGCAACGCAGGCAGCGGCAAGUGCAGCUGGUGCUUCCUCCACAGCAGUCACCUCCACAGCGGCUGCCAUCACAACUACUAUAGCUGGUGCCGUGGCAUCCGUAGGAGUUGCUUCUCAGGUUGGUAUGACUGUGGGCAUUGCUGCUGUUGCGGCAACAGCAAUGAGCGGUGGUGUGGUGGGGAUUCAUAACACCACCAGCGCUAAUGUGACCACUGCGACGGCAGAUUUAUUUGUACCCCCCACUUGCUCAUUUGCCUCACAACUCAAGAGAGGCGUUGUGGAAUUGACAAUCCAAGGCCUGUCAGAGGAUGCCUUAUCACAACAUCAAGAAAGCCUAGAAGUACUCUUUCGAGAUCUCUACAACAACAUUACAGGCAUGUGUUUGGAUCCUUUCUCCAGGGUCCUACAUAGUGCAGAACUACAAAGUUGGAGCGCAGAAGACAGGGUAGUUUUCUUGGAAGACCUUAUGCCAGACUUGGCAAAUGGGACAGCCACCAACAAAACAACACCAACUCCACUGAUUGUCCCGGUCGUGACCACAACGUGGGUUGCAACAGUGGCAUGUGAUGGCUGUCCAGAUCAUGAGCCGCUGUUCGAACUUCCAAUGGAGGUUGAGGCUAGUUUGGGAAGCAUGAAUAGCAGCGUUGUUGGUAUGAACCACAAUAAUGUAACCCUGCUUCAAGCAAACAGUACCAGUACCACCUCGAGUAGUGGCAACAGCAGCAGCGUCAGCAAUUCAUCCAAGUUGUCUGGGCGACACCUGCAGAUGCAAGCAUACAUUGACAUGACCCAGUUUCUCCAUUUGCUUGCUGCCUCCUUCAGCUACAAGGUUGACUUGGAACUGUCCGAGGCUUUUACAAGCCGCAAUGGUGGAUACGAGUCAUCUGCAGGUCCCGAACAGCUGGACACCACCGGUUCCGUGCAGGUUAUCUUUGCUGCUAGCAUGGCAGCAUCACUCGAUGGAGAUGCAGGUGAUCUUCCUAGAGAAGUGGUUCUUGCUGUUGACCAAGAAGCAAUACAGUCAUAUAUUGAGGCUGUCGUCGCAAACGGAGGCAUCUUUAUGGCUCCUUUCAUAUCUGAUGACCUAUCAACACUCUCUCUGUGCGUGUCACAUGAACAACAAGAAACACCUGAAGAUCAGGAGCUGUGCAAAAUGCUGCGGAAACUCUUCACGUCUGGAAACAGUAAAGAAGGAGUAACAAUUGAUUAUGAUGCUUUGGCGGCCUGCCUUGAGACCCCAGCUGAUUGGUCCUGUCAAAGAGUUUUGGCAGCCGCUCUUGAAGCCAUUUCCACUGCGAGAGCCAAUGGAAUCAUGGACAAAUCCUUUGAAGGUUUUGAUAGCUCUGACACUGCCGGAUUUAAAAUCAUUAUCAUUGAAACAGCAGAAACUUCCAGCCCUGUUGCAGAGCCGUCCUCCGCACCCUCCGAGGCUCCGUCUUUGGCACCAACUGAAACCCCGUCUUUGGCACCCAGUGAAACUCCGUCUUUGGCACCCAGUGAAACCCCGUCCUCAGCUCCCUCUGAAACCCCGUCCUCAGCUCCCUCUGAAGUUACAGCCAGCCCUUCUACAGGUCCCUCCCAACCACUCGACGAAGGAACGAGCCAUGCAUAUGAACGUGAUUGGAAACAAUUUUGGUUGCCGUUUUUCUGA